UCUGGCGGCGCAUCGGGACGCAUGAGAUAAGACACCGCGGUGCGGGAGCUGGGUGAGAGAUCCGAUACACUGGAAGUCUUGAGCAACGCGCGCAAAACGCUGGAGGACUCAGGAGGUUAAUUAGCAUCAACGGAGGGAAAUAAACGGCGGACGUUUCGGACGUCCCUCGACCUCCAGCACUUCUGUGCGUCGGAUCCGAGCCUGGUUUUGGCGGCAGCCCUGCGAGGAGGCGGAGCGGAGUUUGGCCGGGCUGGCUAUCAGCUGCAACACAGCCGCGUGAGGUGGAGCCGGGAGUCUUUACUACACAGAAACGCCGCUUUGAGGAAAUGUGAUGCUCUGUCAUGCCUCCGCUCCGAGAGUAGAACGCUGCGACAACAACACUCCUCAACCCCAACAAUAAUGUAGAGAGAAGCGGCGCCCAGUCCUCGAGGUUCCCGGGAUUUCACUUCGGACCACCUCCUCCCCUGGCCAGCGGAACUGAAGAGGAGAAGAUGUUAAGCGCGGUGUUGGACUCGCUGAUCGCGGUGCUCUUGGUUUGCAGAGCGGCCAGCUCGCAGCACUCCAGCAACCAGUGCAGCUGGAAAGGAAGUGGUUUAACGCAUAAUGCUCACUCCAGAGAUGUAGAACAGGUGUAUCUGCGCUGUUCUGAAGGUUCAUUGGAAUGGUUGUAUCCUACUGGAGCCCUGAGGGUUAAUUUACGAACCAAUCUAGCAUCAUCUUACAAAAAUUUGACUGUCUGCAUUAAGCCUUUCAAAGAUUCCAAGGGAGCUAAUAUUUAUUUAGAAAAGGCUGGUGAUCUGAAACUACUUGUGACUGAAGAGGACCAGGUCCCAAACAAAGUGUAUUGUUUUGGCAUGGAUGAGGGGGCACUAUUUAUCCAGGCCACCCCUCAGAUGGACAUAAGCAGAAAAAUCACUGGUUUUCAGUAUGAACUAUUUAAAGAUAGGACUGUUGCAGAUUUACAUAAUGCACCAGCUUCUUGUCGCCCAUGCAAUGACAUGGAACUCCUCCUUGCUGCCUGCACCAGUGAUCUGGUGAUCAGAGGAACCAUUCGUUCUGUGUCACAUGAUCAACAACAGGAAGAAUCAAGGAUAGAUAUCUUUGCAGACAAGAUUUACAGACAAAAGAACAAAGUAUUUCAGCCAAUUGGGAAGAGUGGGAAAUGGCUGGGACAUAUAAAGACACUGCUGCAUUGUGGAGUCAAGGAAGGAGAAGGGGACUUUCUGUUCACAGGAAGCAUGCACUUUGGUGAUGUCCAACUAGGCUGUGCACCCCGAUAUAAGGACUUCAGAAGGAUCUACAAAGAGGCGAGAGACAAAGGGGAAAUACCUUGUGAGUUGACCACAGACUGAUACUACCCUUUCACAACUGGAUGAGAGUUAUCCAGAUCAAAAGGAACACUAUCUUAUAGUGCGCUGCAUUUGUUACGUGGUACUGAUGAAACCAAGCAUUCUGCCACUUUAAUAGAGCUCAUUGUUGCUAGGCAACAUUACAGAUUUCAACUAAACUAAAAUGAAAAAGACUUGGAAUCAUUGUUAUUCAAGACUGCCAUCAAAAUAUCAAUACUAAUAAAUUUCAAAGUCUUAAAGAAUAUGAAUGUAGCAUAAACUUGUAUAUGAUGUACAGAUUUUCAAAGUGAUGCCUGAAGCUGUUUUGUAAUGAUGCGGAUGUACAGUACAAGGAAUUUUGUAACAGAAAAUUAUGAAGACAGAAUGUUUCUGAGAGAAUGUAAAGUCUUGAGAUAUUGUGAGCCCUCUUAAAACUGGUAAUAAAAUCAUUCCAGAGAAGUAACUAUCUCUGGCUCAAUACAAA